UUCUUCCACUUGAACAACCAAGUAGUUUUCAGGGCGCAUUCCCCGGCAGCAAUGUGGAGGGAAAGGGCGAUCACGUCCAGCUGAACACUUUUAAUACCUUAUUUCUCUUAAAUACUUUCUUAACUUUUGUGCCUGAUUAAGAAAACACAGAAUCCACUCCUCCGUGAGGGAAAGCAGUGUUACAAGUGAAGGAAACUACAGCCACGCCGUCUCGUGUUGUUUUUCUUCUUUCUUUUUUUUUUUUUUCUUCUGGUGACUCGAGCCAUUGUUUUCUCACACAUGGAUAUUAGGAGAUGAAAUCGGACGUGUGUCUUGUUUUCGAGUAACCUCUCGGUGGCUUGGGCUGUAGUUUAUGUGGUCCCCUGGCUCUGUAGGAGGAGGAGAGAGAGUCCCAUUCCUCAGCAGCACAACAAGGAGACACACACAGGGGCCACAAGUUGUCCACAAGCUGCGAAGGAGCUCAAACUUUGCCAACUCUCUGCGCAUCCGGCAACCGACGCCAAAUAGUCAUCGAUAUCAGCGUCUUUAUUGCAACUUUAACUGUGGAUUAUGAUCGCCAUGGACCGAGGAACCCCGAUUAGAGGAUGAAAACGGAGUUUUAAAUCAUGAACAGCUUCUUGUAGUUAGUUUACUACUCCGGAGACGCGUUUGGACUACAAAAACCCGAAAUAGAACGCAAAUUCUUCUUGCGAUUGUUUUCCCUCUGUUGAUAAUAGAUACUCUGCAAAAAUGCCACAGCUGAACGGAGGCGGUGGGGAUGAUUUGGGGGCGAAUGAUGAGAUGAUUCCUUUUAAAGACGAAGGAGAGCAGGAAGAAAAGAUAUCCGAAAAUGUGUCAGCGGAAAGGGAUUUGGAUGAUGUGAAGUCCUCGUUAGUGAACGAGUCGGAAAACAACAGCAGCUCGUCAGAUUCAGAGCAGGCUGAGCGGCGUCCCCGAGCCAGACCAGACUUAGAAAGUUAUGAAAAAACUAGAGACUACUUCCAUGAAGCACUGAGAAGGCAGCAAGAUGGAGGCUUUUUCAAGAGUCCCCACUAUCCUGGCUACCCGUUUCUCAUGAUCCCAGACCUCACCAACCCGUACCUAUCCAAUGGGUCUCUUUCUCCUAGUGCAAGAACAUACCUGCAGAUGAAAUGGCCUAUUCUGGAUGUCCCUGGAUCUGCAGGAUUGAAAGACUCCCGUUCUCCUACACCAGGACAUUUAUCCAAUAAAGUCCCCGUGGUGCAGCACGCCCAUCACGUGCACCCGCUGACACCCCUCAUCACGUACAGCAAUGAACACUUCUCCCCCGGCACGCCACCAUCACACCUCUCCCCAGAGAUCCUCGACCCAAAGACAGGUAUCCCUCGGACACCUCACCCAUCGGAGCUCUCUCCAUACUAUCCCCUGUCUCCUGGUGCUGUCGGCUCCAUCGCACACCCUCUGGGCUGGCUCAUGCCACAGCAGGGUCAGCACAUGUACUCCAUCCCUCCGGGGGGAUUCCGUCACCCCUAUCCAGCGCUAGCCAUGAAUGCAUCCAUGUCCAGUUUGGUGUCCAGCCGUUUCUCCCCUCACAUGGUGACUCCGCCUCCUCACAGCCUCCACCAGACCGGCAUUCCCCAUCCUGCUAUCGUCUCCCCGGCCAUCAAACAGGAGCCCAGCGGUGACAACAUAAGCCCCUCAAUGCAUGCCAGGAAAUCCCCAGUUCCUCCAAAGAAAGAAGAAGACAGGAGGCCUCAUAUCAAGAAACCUCUGAAUGCUUUCAUGCUGUACAUGAAGGAGAUGAGAGCCAAAGUAGUGGCAGAGUGCACUCUGAAAGAGAGCGCCGCCAUCAACCAGAUUCUGGGAAGACGGUGGCAUUCCCUGUCGAGAGAGGAACAAGCCAAAUACUACGAGCUAGCCAGAAAAGAGCGGCAAUUGCACUCCCAGCUCUAUCCAGGAUGGUCAGCAAGAGACAACUACGGAAAGCGGAAAAAGAGGAAGAGAGAUAAUAAACCCGACUCCAAACCAGAAGACUUCUCCAUCAGAAGCAAGAAGCAGUGCGUGCAGUACCUGCCCUCGGAGAAGAUGUGUGACAGCCCCGCAUCGUCUCACGGCAGCAUGCUGGACUCUCCAGCCACUCCUUCUGCCGCUCUGGCCUCCCCUGCUGCUCCCGCUGCCACACACUCGGAGCAGGCUCAGCCGCUAUCGCUCACCACCAAACCAGAGGGACGCAUGCACUAUCACUUCUCCCUACCUGGGAAAGCAUCUGGAUCCACAUCCUCCUCUUCCUCCUCCUCCUCCUCCUCAUCCCAACCUGCCAUAUCCAUCCCCAUUGGUACUUCAGGUAGCCAUUCGACUACUCCCAUCCUCAGCCGGCCGAUCCCCUUCACCUCCCUGCAUCACUCCAUGCUUUCCCCGCCUUCUCCCUUCCAUCAGGCUGCCCUUCACUCCCAUCAUGCCUUGUUCCAGUCACAGCCGCUCUCCCUGGUUACCAAACAAACCGAAUGAAUCCGCAAAGGCAAUUUUUCUCUCAUUUAAUGUGCUGUAUAUUGCUUUUCUUUUACAUAGGUAUUAGAACAAGUUUUUUUUUUCAAAAUAAUGAAAAGGAAGAAAUAUUAUUGGUCAAUAUUUGACUGUCUCCUUUUCUACAUCUCUCAAUGAAAAACAAAAAUGUAUUUUUUGUAAAGUUUACUGCAGAACUGGUUUCUUUUUUUUUUUGAUGCAUUUAUCCAAUGAACUUCUUGUAUAAAAGAACAAAUGUACAUAACGUUUCUUUAUAAAAAAACAAAAAGGAACAAAAACCUUCUUUUUAGCCAACACCCCUAAUUAAUGUUAGUAUUAAGUUGACGUCAUAGAAAUGGCCAAUAAUUGCAGCCCGCCUUUCCAAUUCACGAGUGUGUGUCCUUCUUUGACAUGUUAAAUAAACAUUUGAAUUGUUUCGUAA